CAGGGUGCCACAUCACUCAAGGCAUCAACACACAAGGGCACCAGAUGGUUCAGGUCAAGAAGCCAGACUGCGACUUUCCGACCCCGAAAUACAUCGCCGACUGCCGCGAGAAGCACGAGCCACGCAAGCCGUACACGAACACGCCGUCCGAGCCAGACGAGUGCGAGAAGCACGAGACGCCGUACCUCUUCAAAUUCGGCUACUGCGCCUCCUCGUGCCUCGGCUGCUCGCCCGAGCACUCCAACUGCACCAGCUCCGAGGACCAGAAGACCUACGGCCUCCUCACCCUGCGAAUCGGCACUGUCAACCAGCCGCUCGUCUACGCCACCGUCGGCGGAACUGUCUCAAAGUCGGGCGACGACGCGCGGUGGCUGGCUUCUGGCACCGGACCUGCGGGGACGGCACUCUUCAAGGCGUCGGUGCUGCCCAAGAUGAGCGAAGAGGACGAGGAUCGCCGCCUCGAGGAGGACUCCUUCUCCGACAAGUGGAACGCGCUCGGCAGCUGGCUUCUCUCGCUCAACCUCUUCGGCUACUUCCUGCCCGGCAAGUGGGGAGAGGGCGUGUGCGGCCUCAAGCCGGGCGGCCUCGUGGACGUCAACGUCUCGCUCACGCCAAAGGGGCCCGCAGCGCCCCGACCUCAUCCCCGCCAACGGAGGCACCUACCCGCCCAUUCUCCUCAACGGCCCCAACCUCGUCGAGGACUUCCCGUGCCUGAAGAAGUGCUGCCCGGCGCCGCCGCCACCGUGGCCGCCGAUCAUCCCCAACCCGAGCGUGAGCAAGUACCGGCUCGCCCUCUUCCCGGUCUCCUGGAAGGGGAAGCUCUUCUCAACCGCGGAACAAGAUGUGGCCAUGGUCGGCCCCGCCCCGCCGAAGGCGGCCGAAUUCUGGAAGCUCACGCUUGUGGGGGAGGCGGGCAAGGACUGGCCGUACUACAAGCUGUCCCCAGCCGAAGCGCCGCAGGGGGGAGGGCCAUACUACCUCAGCGCCGGCAAGCAGCCCGAGGACGACGGCCAGUACCGCGCGUACGUCUCAAAGACGGAGCUGGACGAGGACCGGGCGCUCUGGGAGCUCAAGCCGGUGGAAGUCGUUCCCGGGCAAACCGGUCACUACCGCCUCAUCAACAAGGCGACCAAAGGAGCGUUGUUCGGCGACGCCGACCGCCACUCGGACGACGCGCCCCACGAUGUGUUUGUCGAGCCGGCCGCCUCGGACUGCGCGAAGAUGAACGGCAAGGACGUCUGGCAGGUCAAUGGUGUUGUCUGAGCCGUCGGGGGCUCGCCGACCCGCUCGCCCGACCCGGCUCAAGACAUGCGGUCCUCUCCCGCGUCGUAGCGGAGCGGCAGUGAGGGGCGGGCGGCCGCGGUGCGGCCGGGGGAGGGGGGCUGUGCGCUGCACUGGCGCUGCACUGCACUGCUCUCGUCGUCUACGGACUACGCUCUUGGGGGACUACGCGCACUACGUACGGCCGAGUCGGCCCUCUAUAAUAUAGCCGGACGCGUAAAGGCCUGGAGCGUUGUCCGUGUGGGUGUCGUGGUAAUUAAUGGGGCUAAUCCUAAUGCGC